CCACCACUGUCACACCCACUCAGACCCAGGCGACGACGAUGUACUCCCCCCGCGGCCUCGACGAACCUGAAGAAGGCCGGGAGCAAAGUGCUGUCGCGCCAGCAGCAGCGCCGCGCGAGCAUCAGCGCGACGAGUCCGGCACGGGCCACAGUCACAGCCGCGCCAGUCGACAUCUUCGACGUCCCCCACGCCCUCCAGAUGACGCGCCAGCGCGCACGCACGCCCGUACCCCGCUCUCCUCCUGGGGCCCUCCCAACAUCGCUCCCUGCCCCGCUCGUAUUUGCCGGACCAGCGCACCGGAAACCCGUAAUGCAGAGCCAUGAACAGGCCUCGGGUGGACAUACCAUCGGCUCCCAUGCUGUCAUGUCGCUUUUCGACGGACCGGCGUAUUCAGGGAGACAUUCAUACGAGCGCAGACCGCUGAGUGGGUUGGUGGAGCCGUCUAGAACCUCCUCAGACUCAACGAGGAGACAUGCCCAGACUGCAAGACAAAUGCCACUCGCAGUCGGCGCCGGCGCGGUAGCCGCCAGCGCACUCACAUUCGCUGUCGCCAACUCUUAG